CGCAUCGUCGUCAACUCUUUAUGGUUGCCUGCUCCUCAACGCCGCAUCGCCUCGCUGGCAAAUCGCCUUCGACAAACGCUUUCCAAUUCUGCACAUGCCCCUACGAGGCCCUCCAACAGCAUCGGAGGGGAUCUGGGCCUCGUCUUCGCGUGCCGCGCGUGUGUGGCUAGGGACUUGAUGAUGCCCGCGGCUUGAGCGCACCAUUAGCCGCCAAAGUCACCCAGACCCCCAUCAUGGAUGCUACCCCGUCCCAGUCCAACGCGCUGGUGCGCAAGAGGACCGAUACAGACCUCAUGCCGCCUCCGCCGCAGGUCAAGAAGAUCAAGCGCCCCCGACAAGUCCUGGCUGAAGAUGAUUACACCGACACAUUGGCGCACAUUAUUGCCAGAGACUACUUCCCCGGCAUCGAGGUGGCGUCCCUCCAAAGCGACUACCUGAAUGCCGUGGAGUCGAGAGACCCUAUCCAAAUCGCCAGCGCGGGUAGAGUUUUGCAGGAAGCUAUGACACCGGGGCGGCGCAGGACACCCUUUCGAGCGAGCGCAACACAGGCAGGCGGACGAACCCCAAGCACGUACGCGGGAGACACGCCCGCUUCGAUAGCGUCGACUGCUGCUACCAUAGACAAGCCAGCGCCAGGCUCUAACAUGAGCCUCACCAAGUUUCAGUCGACUUACACGAGCGAAGACAACGAAAGUUUCUACAAGCUGGUCGACAAACAGAACCAGAAGAGGGCCGACAGGAACGCCUGGAUGUGGAACAGCAACAAGCUCCCGUCGAAGCAAAUGAUCAAGCAGAAAGAAGUCACCGAUAAACUGGCCGAGACCGGCAAACUCAUUGACGAUGGCUUCAUCAAGCGCGAUCGCCUUGCUAUCAAGGACUCGGACGACCGCCCUGCACGUCCCGACUCCUGGAACGCGAACCCGAGGAACGGCCUGAUGUUUGCGCCAGACGAGCUGGGCGAUGGCGUCGCCACGGUUGCUCAGCGGGCGGAGGAGGCAUCUCGGAUGGCACCCAAGACUAUCGUGCUGGAGAAUACUAGAAUCCCUCAGCCUCAUGUCCCGCAGCGUCCUCCAUCACCGACCUUGUCGUCUGUCCGCGAUGCGAUUGCAGGUAGGCCACGGCAGCAAUAUCAGGAUUCGAGCGUCGACGGAGGAGGCGAAACGCCGAGGGUCAGAGGCUACGCUUUUAUCGACGACAAUGAGUCUGAGCUGGGUACGACACCGCCGCUCAUCGACCUGGGGCCAGGCGAUUUGCACAAUCCCUUCAAGGUUCAGGAACCGAGGAAGCGGGAGUCGCUUCAUGAGCAGAUGGUCGAGCGGAUCGCAAAGUCCAAUAAGGAGUCAUCUACAAAGGGCUUCACGGGCAAGGUCACGAAGACACCAGUCCCGAAGUUUCCCAGCAGCCCGCGUGUUUCAGGGGACCUCACGCCGGCAGCACAGAGGCUAUGGAGCUCGAUGGGGACCGCAAAGAACAAAACGCCCGGCAGCUCCUUUGGCAUAUCAACGCCAAUGCGACCCAGGGGCUCUUUACUGAAGGGCGUCACUACACCGAGUUCGCAGCGGAAGUGAAGGCACGCACGCCUGGGAAGAUGAUGAUGGCAUUUCACUGGCGUUUAACACGGUGCAUCCAGGGGCGCGGGUAGGGAUUGGGUGCAAUUUUUGGAUAGGGCGUUUACAUUGACACGGAUAUUAUAGACAGGGCUGCUAUGGACAGACACUUCUCGCGAGAGCGUCGAUAGAUGAUGGUGACAGAAUGCCGAGCUCCGGCGCGUCCGGGUUGCAUCAAGCUGCGGGCACACCCGAGCGUACUUCGUACUAGUCUUUUUUUCAAGCGUAUACCAAGAGACGCGAAUUCAUACUCUAAAGACGAUACCCUCUAGGGACCUGAAUCGGUCUAGCUCAGUAGAUUAGUACACAGACUUGGCUCAAGGAG